AUGAAAAAAAUUGGUCCUUUCAAGAUCCUUAAGAAAUAUGGCAACAAUGCCUAUCACAUUGACUUGCCCUCUGAUAUAGGUUUAUCUCCUAUCUAUAAUCUUGCUGACAUAUAUGCCUACAAGAAUGUUGUGCAUGAUGUUGGUGUUGCAGGUUAUGUUGAUCCACCCACUCCUUAUAUGAUGGAAGAUGUCCUUUCUCAACCUACAUCGGAGAUUGAAUACAUUGCAGAUAAAAGAGUUAGAAAAGAAACAAGGAGACAAACAUAUUAUGAAUUCCUUGUCAAGUGGAAGGGAAAACCUCUAGAAGAUGCCACAUGGAUGACCGAGGAGGCCAUUAAGAUGAUUGGAGUUACACUUUCUGAAAUACCAACUCAAGGGACUUGA